GUUUUGACGGUAAGGUCGGACUGUUUUCAUGCAGUUAGCGGAGAUGUUGACAUGAAAAUGUAACGGGAGGUCUGGAUUAUCGAAUUUAUUUCCAUCGAUAGAACAUAUUCCUGUAUAAUAAUAGAACGCUAUAGUCGUUGGCCGGUAAUAGCUAAUCAGGGCAGGCAUGUUGCAAAUAACGCAACAGUUUUUUUUCCUUCGACCUUCUCAGAGAAUAUCAAGAAUGCAUCGAGUUAACACUGUGUUUACAUGAACUAGCGGUGUCGAGCUGAACGUUUUUUUUUGUUGUUAUAGGUUAUUUCGUGUACCUCCUAACUAAUGUAUAUCGCUUGAUAGCUGUGCUAUUGCAAAAGCUGGCAUUUCAGGACAAAUCAUUGCUGUCUCCGCCGAAAUGGACACUCCAAAUACACUGUCCAUGUUACUGCUGGUCUCCGAGCAGUGCCACUGUCCUUAACCUGCUCCUUGUCAACAUAACUAGCUGAGCUAAACUUUCCCGGUUUAGUUUUCUAUGACUCUCAAAACUUAUGCUCGACUAGAUUCGUUGGAAUCGCUCCUCAACGAACUUCCCUGUAUGUUUUAUCUGGGCCUGUUUUUUGUGAACGUUUUGAUCCUCUACUAUGCCUUUCUAAUGGAAUACAUCGUCCUGAAUGUGGGGAUAGUGUUUCUACCGGAAGAUAUGGACCAGGCGCUGGUGGACCUAGGGGUACUAUCUGACCCGGCCUCUGUCCCUUACGACACGGACACAGAACUCGACGUUUUCGAGAGGUACCUGGAGUGAGCUGAGGCCCAAGGCUAGAGAGCCAGAGAGAAGCGCCGCUGCACCGGCAUGCUCCCCGGGGUGAUCUGGACUCCUACCGGCCUGUGAUGAUGAUGAUGAUGUUGGGAGAGACUGAUACUGGGAACUCCAGGAGGAGGAUAUUUGUAUUGGCUUGGAGCAACAUUGGCUGCGGGAUGAAAAAGUUGUCAAGGCUCAAGACCAGAUAUCUGGAGAGAGUCAGAACCAACAGACAGACAGGGCAAUUCACAGCAGAGUUACCUGUCAAAACUGUCUUGACUGGCCAAUCAACAAGCAGAACUGUCUAACUGUGGCCAAUCAACAAGCAGAACGGUCAAACUGUGUCCAAUCAACAAGCAGAACUGUCUAACUGUGGCCAAUCAACAAGCAGAACUGUCAAACUGUGUCCAGUCAACAAGAAGAACUGUCUAACUGGCCAAUAACCAAGCUGACCUGUCGAACUGUGGCCAAUCAACAAGCUGACCUGUCGAACUGUGGCCAAUCAACAAGCAGACCUGUCUAACUGUGGCCAAUCAACAAGCCGGACUGUCUAACUGUGGCCAAUCAAACAAGCAGACCUGUCUAACUGUGGCCAAUCAACAAGCCGGACUGUCUAACUAUGGCCAAUCAACAAGCAGGACUGUGUAACUGGCCAAUCAACAAGCAGGACUGUGACUGGCCAAUCAACAAGCAGGACUGUCUAACUGGCCAAUCAACAAGCAGGACUGUCUAACUGGCCAAUCAACCAGCAUGACUGUGACUGGCCAAUCAACAAGCAGGACUGUGACUGGCCAAUCAACAAGCAGGACUGUGACUGGCCAAUUAACAAGCAGAACUGUCCAACUGGCCAAUCAACAAGCAGAACAUUGCGCGAUCAGGGGACAAUGUCACACUAACUCUGACCCUAGAGAACUGACCUAGGAUCAGUCAACCUGACAGGACAGCACUGUAGUGCUUACUAACUCUGACCCUAGAGAACUGACCUAGAAUCAGUCGACCUGACAGGACAGCACUGUAGUGCUUACUAACUCUGACCCUAGAGAACUGACCUAGGAUCAGUCCACCUGACAGGACAGCACUGUAGUGCUUACUAACUCUGACCCUAGUGAACUGACCUAGGAUCAGUCAACCUGACAGGACAGCACUGUAGUGUUUACUAACUCUGACCCUAGAGAACUGACCUAGGAUCAGUCCACCUGACAGGACAGCACUGUAGUGCUUACUAACUCUGACCCUAGAGAACUGACCUAGGAUCAGUCAACCUGCUUCAGGUUCUUCUACACUUCUGGGAAUGUUAUACAUUUUGUUUUAAGACUGUUUUAAACAACCAGGAAACCAGCAGUUAUUUCUGGUUGUUUAUCAGCGUUAGCUGGCUUAGCUCGUUGAUCCUGCUUUUGUAUCGUACCCCUCAGGAGGUGUGGACUGGAGAAGUGUUUGUGUUGUUAAGAGAUGAAGGACAUUUGACAGAUUGUGGUCCGGUCUUCCUCCUCCUCUUCCUCCUCCUCUUCCUCCUCCUCUCGUCGUUCAUCUUGGCCACUGUGACGGGUGUGAACAAACACAGGUGACUCGUGUUUAGUACCGAUCUAGGAUCAGCGUGCCAUCCACCGGGGGGGGGGACGGGGGGGGGGGGGACAGGAAGUGACCGUUAGAUCGGUGCCUGUAGACUCUAGAGGCAGCUUCACCUUGCUCUGCUCUGACUCUGACUCUCUCAAAGGGGAGAGGUCUAUGUUCAUGUUGUCUCUGGUGUCUGCCAAUCAAUAAUCAAUAAUACUGUAUCAGCUUGGUCCUGAUCAAUAACCCACCACAGACCAGCUGCUGGCAGUCACCAGGCUGCUUCCCUGCUAGGCUCCUCCCCCCCGGAUAACAACUCCCAGCGUGCAUUGGGCUGGACGGCUUUGCAUUGGGCUGGACUUUACUGCUAAUGUCAAUCAACCUCUACGCUAUAACGGCUCAUAAGAGAUUAGACUGGGUUUAUAAUGCAGUGUUGUUCCUCUGCCCUGUUGGCUGUGUAUUAUAAUGGGGGGGGAGUCUCACCCCACCCACCUGUAGAUGGCAGUAACACCCCCCCAACCACCUGUAGAU